CUUAAGUUAACAAUAAAAAUAAAAAGGGCAAAGCAGUCAACCGAUAGUUACAUUAAGGAAUAUUUGGGGUGCGCAAAGCAAGCCCCAGAAUAUAUCCCUGAAUCAAACCCAAUGAGGUUCGUGCUACCGUAAUUUUUAGGACGAUCCGGCGGAGGAGGAUGGUGAAUAGUUGGUGGCAAGUGCACUUUGACAAUUACAGGAAUAUUGACUCUAAUUUGAACCGGAAUAUCACAUUUGUUAAUGGAACCCAAGAAAGUUGUCAUCGCAUCGGAGGGAGAGGAACAAAUCCAAGGCGAGAAAAUUAAGGCUUUACAGUGGGAAGAUUAUGAACAAGAGCUUGCCCGUCUAUGCAGUCUCACAGCUGCACAUAAUGAAUCUAUGCAGAAGAAGCAUUUGCUUGAAGAAAAAAUUCAGUCAAUCUUGAGGGUGGAAGCAGAAUCAUUGAAUUUGUCAAAUGAGCUUGAUGAGAUGAGAGAAACAUUAGAGCACCGGAAAUUAGUGAUGGGAAACACAUCAAUGAAAUCAAAGGUCUUGAAAGAGAAAGUAAAAAAGGAAGAAGAACAACUUAGUAAUGAUAUCAGGUCUUUGUUGGUUGCUGGAACAGCUCUUUCUUUAGCUAAAAAGCGACUGCAGGAUGCUAAUAGAUCGCUUACUGGGGAAAUGGGCUGUGGACAUUUGAAAUCCAUGCAGAGACUUGUGAGGCUAAGACAGCAAUUUAUGGUAUCACAGAUUCAAUUGCUUUAUCCAGUGAAAGUAGGAGCAGGACUGGAAAUUGAACAAGAGCUGGAAUCAUUCACCAAUAUUGUCAGAUCAGGUACUGUUCUGCUUUGUAUGUUGUUAAGGUGUUUUACUUUUCUGAAUCAUUCACCAAUAUCAUCAUUCAUCAAAUCAGGUACUGUUCUGCGUUGUAUGUUAAGGUGUUUUACUUUUCUGAAUAACAAGGCUGCUUGUAUGUUAUGAUAAUUUUAAAAAGGGAAAACUUACGAUUAGGUCCUCAUACAGUCGUACUAUGUCAAAAAAGUCAAUUAGACCAUCGUACUUUGGAAAAACUCAAUUAAACCCUUGAGAUUUUAAAAAUGCUCAAUUGAGCGGUUUUGCGUUAACUGUACACUUGGCAGACCACGUGGCAACAAAUUUCUUUUCUUUUUCUUUUUCCUUUUCUUUUCUAUUUUCUUUAAGGGCACGUGGAUAAAACUUAUGAAGUCAAACGAUGAAAUUUGCGAGCGAGUGAAUGAGCAAAGACUUUGAAGAAAUGUGAAGAUUUUAGAGAAUCAAUUUGGUUUUACGCCUGGUUGCUCAACAAGUGAGAAACAUUCAUCUUCUUAGGCAAGUUAUGGAAAAGGAGUAUGCUAGAGUAUCUCGAGAAGUCCUUUAGUGGCCUUAACUGCAAAAGGCAUAUCACGGAGGACUACAAAGUUCCCUACUAUCAUAUUGGUCAUGGAUGAAAUCACAACGUCAAUCCAAGAAGAUAUACCGUGGUGCAUGAUAUUUGCCGACAAUAUUGUGUUGAUUGGUGAGACAAGAUCAAGUGUUAACGCCAAGUUGGAAGUAUGGCAAAAAACUUUGAAGAACAAGAGUUUCAGGUUGAGUCAAAACAAGAGAGUGCAAGACUGAGUAUAUAAAGUGCAAGUUUUGUGGAGGUAAAAACAAUGGUAACAAUGGGAUUACCUUGGAUGGUAAGGAGAUAUUGGUCAGUGAUAUGUUUCGUUAUUUGAGCUCCAUAAUUCAGAAGGAUGGUAAAGUAGAGGAAGAUGUAUGUCAUAGAAUCAAAACAGGGUGGAUGAAAUGGAAGAGUGCUUCAGAGUUUUAUGUGAUCGAGGACAAAAACCUCUAGAUCAAGGGUCCUUGACAAUUGCAGGUCUGCAUCUUACCGUGGUUCCUUUUACAAAGAAGAGUUUUUUCACUGAUAAGAAGGAGGUUCAGAGGUCUGCAACUGCUCUGGGAUAUGUUGCACAUGCCGUCUCACUUAUUGCCUGCUAUUUACAAGUUCCUCUUCGCUAUCCUGUGAGAUUAGGAGGUUCCAGAUCAUUCAUACGUGAUUAUGCGCCUUCAAUUGAACCGCCACCACCUUCGUCAUUAUCAUCAGAUGAUGCAUCAUCGUCUUUACUCUCCACAAUUUUGAAACCUGUAGAAUUUCCCCUCUUCUUAGAAGGGCAAGAUUCAACAAGAGCAGCAUAUGCUGUUUUCCUUCUAAAUAAGGAUCUAGAACAACUUUUGAAUUAUACCGGGACAAGAAGUUUAGGGCCGCGCCACGUACUUGCAAAUUUGAAGGAGCUAUUGAGAAUCAUUCUUGCUCCGGAGUAUACGAAUACAUGAAUUGUGAUUGUUCACUUUACAAGUUUGAUUGUAAGCUUUUGUAGAUAUAUGGUCGCUAAUUUUGAGCAGGAGCUAUUGAGAACCAUUCUUGCUCUGGAGUAUGUGGAUACAUGAAUUGUGAUUGUUCACUCUACAAGUUUGAUUGUAAGUUCUUGUAGAUAUAUGGUAGCUAAUUUUGAGCACUUGUAGCCUCUUCCCCUCCUAAUUCCUACAUUGAGAAAUGCAACUUAUCAGGUUUGUAAAAAGAGAUUGCAGUUUAGUGCUCUGAUCUUAUUUUUAAUAUAUUGCUUGAGCAUUACUGUCC